AUGAGCGACAGAAAGAAAGUGUGCGCUCAGUGCGGCGAGGAGGCCAACAUGACCUGCACUGGCUGCAAAGUCACUUCGUACUGCUGCCGUGACCACCAGAAGGAUGACUGGCAACUUCACAAGCACUUCUGCAAGUCGUUCAAAGACUUUCAGGACCAACAACGCCCAUCUCCUGAGCACCACCGCGCCAUCCUCCUGCCUGAGGACAAGACCAAGCCGCGCUUCAUCUGGGUUCCUGAAUACGAGACAUCGACCGACCAGCAAGAAGCUGACCCUGACGAACCUUUCGCCCGCCUCGACUUCACCAACCUCUUCGGCGAUCGCCCCGUCUCCUUGCAGACCUCCUUGCUCGUUCUCGGUGACUACACCUCCGAAAUUGGCAAACACCUCGACCAGGCCGUCUACCUCGCAUGUCGCUCCACGAAUCAGUUCGACGGCUCACAGCCCAACAAGUGUCUUGCUUCUCUCUGCGCUGAUGACCGAGUUGCUCGUCGAUUCAGAGGCCCGAUCGUGCUCUUUGGCAUGGCUUCCAAGAUCAAAGAGAGGCAGCCGCUCGACAUUGCCGCUGUCGACUUCUCACUUGCUCUCAAGGUCGUGCUGGAGCAUCAUUUCGAGGCCAUGUGGUCCGUGCAGCAGAAGGAGGCCGCGGGCGUUGUGGUCCUGAACUCGCGUGUCGCUGCUGCUCGUGGAGCAAACCCCUUCGGCGAUGUCUUUGUGCCGUUGGAGCAUGCCAUAUUUGAGGGCGGAGAGUUGUCUGAACUGUCGAGACUCGUCGGCAUGCCACUUCUGACUUUCGAGUGCUUGACUGAAGCUCGCGAAGCUGGUGAUGCAGAGGAGGAAGACAACGAGGAAGAGUCAGACGAGUGGGAGACCUCACCAGCGGCUUUUCUGCACCUCAACGUCCGCGCCAACGCCAACGCCACCACCGAUCCUACUUUCGGCACCAUCCCUACCGAUUGGCAGAAGCGCAAGGGCAUCAUUCUCGUGGUUCGAGAGGAUCUGAAGCCGAUCUCAGCCAAGACCGUCGAAGCGCUCUGCAAGUACGCCGCACAGGAGGCCAAGAGUCUUCUCAUGAAGGCGACCGAGUCCUUCGAUGGUCGUCGCAAGGCGGUCGCCAACGUCUCCAAGGCGGAUUGGGAAGAGUUUCUGCAGGAGCAUGAGCAGGCUGCUGGGGUCAAGAAGCUUUGA